AUGGCCAACCCACCGACACCCGCUGCGCCGCCGCGCCCCCAGUCACACCCUCUGGAUUUCGCUGGGAUGCCCGUAACAGAAGCGUACAAGCACAUCAACCGAAUUGAGCGGCGGAUGACACCCGAGCAGCUCAUGCAGGCGAAAAUGCAGAUCAUGAGACCUUAUAAGACGAGGAAUAUGGCAGUCGGGGGUGGAUUGAUUGCCUUUGUGUUGGGGAUAUAUGUGUACUCCAUGUACAAGACGGGGCACGACGACUUUGACAUCCCGGUCCCAAGGGCAGCGUCGGGGGCAGCCGCCACCAACGCCAAGACUGCUUGA